GGGCGGGGAAGGGAGAGCCCCACUUCCGGUCUGCGGGGCGCAUGGCGGGGUUCGGGCAAGCGGCGGGGCCGGCCGCCUCUCAAGAGCUGCUGGCCGUGGGGCGCCGCGGAGGGUUGGAAGAAACGUUACUGAUUAGUUCAAAGCCUGGCAGCAAGAAGGCUACGACUUUACAGACUGUUAGGGUGCCAAGGAGUAAUGUUUUGGACAGAGUACAGAGCUUUUUACCACAGAUGGCUCAUGCAAAUGAUGAGCUAAAAAGAAAAAUGGUAACAGCACCAGCUCAUCAGUUUGAUAUUGAAAAUCUCGACAGUGCCACAGAAAAAGUUAUAGAAAUGAACGUGGCUGUAGUUGAACUGAGUGAUUCUGAUACAGAUGAAGAGAAUCUAACUUCAGAAGAUGACCCAGAAUCUGAAGAUGACUGUAUAACUGAUGAAGUGACAAUAGACAACAUUAAGUUUCCUAAACCAAAGGGAGAAAAGGGCAAAAUAGAAAUUUUGGACAGCAAAGUGAAUGAGUGAAUCAAUUUUUAUUAUACUUAAAAAAAUAAUAAUAAUAAAAUGAAGCAAACCACGUUUUCUUACUUUGAAGACUUAGCCUUUAAAUGGCCUUGUUUCUCCAUGUGGGAUUCCCCAGGAUCCUGUGAAUUGCUACCGUUUACAUGGUGGAGAAUUCAGGAUCCACUCAUGGCUCUGAAGCAAGCCACAUCUCUGAAGAAUUAAGUAAUGUCUUAUUCAUCAAACAGCAUGAAAAUUCCAAGCUUCCUUGUGAAGUUAGACUAAGAAAGCAGCUACAAGUUGGAAUGUUUGAGCAGAAAGGUGUACUGCAGAGCUAGUUGAGAAAAUUCUUGUUCUCUUGUUUUGUUGAAGAAAGAUUUUUGUAGUGUGCUUAGAAUAAAGUUUUGCUUUGAGGGCAGGAAAGAAAUGACAAGGAAAAAUCUGUUUUUUAUUAUGUCCUGUAAAGUGUUAGUGUACAAUGUCUUCAAUAUUAAACGUUACCUUAAAGUAC